UUUCUCUCAGGCGGCUACAUAGCAGCAGCAGGUCUGCGUCGUCAGGACCCAGCCCUCCGAGUGCUCAUCUCCUUGGCCUCACCGGACCACGGACGUCUCUACCGCGAGAUUUUGUCCAACGCCAACGAACGUCUUCCACCGUUCGUCGACUCUCUCCUUGAUUUCCUGGCCGAGCACGACUUCGACGGAGUCGAGAUCGACUGGGAAAACGCGUCUGCCGGGCCCCUCAAGUACCUCCUGAGACAACUGCGCGCCGCUUUUCAGGAACGAGGCUACAUCCUCUUGGUGGCUCUCAGACCCGAGCAGAUCGCCGAUUCCGAACUCGCGGAACUUGCCGAUCUCCUGGUGCUCAGAGCAUGGCACUCGAGGAGAGUCGCCGAGGUCGUACAGAGCCCGGCGCCGUUGGGAUUUGUUACCAGCCUUGUGGAGAGUCUCACUAGGAGGGGUGUGCCUGCUGCCAAGAUCGUCGUUGGUAUGCCGUUCUUCGGAUGGUCUUACAAAUUGGCUCAGAAGGAUGACGGAGAGUCGCAGCACGCCGUUGGAUUCGGUAUCAAUGGCCCGUACACCAAGCAUAGAGGACAGCUUGCGUACUUUGAGAUCUGCGAAAAACUAGAAGAUCCGUGGCAAUUCAAGCGUCACGAAAAGAACGGCUCGUACCUGGUUCUCGGCGACCAGUGGAUCGGUUACGACGACCCCCUAUCAGUGAAAAUCAAGGCGGCCUACGUGAAAUCCGCCAGUCUGGGAGGUCUCUCCCUCUACUCUCUGGACCUGGACGACUUCCAGGGUAUCUGCGGUGACUCCUGGCCGCUGUUCAACGCAGCCGUUCAGACCCUCGGUAUCUACGACGGUCCGAAAGAGAGGUGCCCCAAGACCGGUCUCUUCAGCGAUCCCGACAACUGUUCCGGUUUUCUCUCCUGCUUCAACGGUUACCUCCACCGCGGUCACUGCGGCAUGGGCCGCUUCUACGACCCAAUCCGCGGACGCUGUGUCAGCGCAAGCCCGGAGGUCUGUGACCCAGGCCACAGCGACAAGUUCAGCUACGCCAACUGGAGUCUCGAGCGACUGCGUCAACUCCAGAGACUCGAGAAGCUCGAACUUCUCGAAGAUGGACCCCGAGUCGUGUGCUACGUCACCAGCUGGGCUAUGUACCGCAAAGGCGAGGGCAAGUUCGUCCCCGAGCACCUCGACGCCAGACUCUGUACCGACGUCGUCUACGCGUUUGCUGGACUGAACCCUGAGACCCUCACCGUUCACUCGUUCGAUCCUUGGGCUGAUAUCGAGAACAAUCUCUACCAACGAGUAACCUCUAUCUCCGGUUCUCGCGUCCUCUUGGCUCUUGGUGGCUGGACCGACAGUGCCGGCGACAAGUACUCCCGACUCGUGAACAGCGCCUCGUCACGUCGCAAGUUCGUCGCCUCUGCUGUGCAUUUCUUGCGCAAGCACAACUUCCAAGGUCUGUCGCUCGAGUGGAAUUAUCCGGGCUGUUGGCAGAGCGACUGUCGUCGUGGACCUGAGACCGACAGGCCCAACUUCGCGAGACUCCUUGCUGAGCUCAGGAAGGAGUUCGAUGCCCAGGAACCACCGCUUACCUUGGCCGUUGCCAUUUCCGGGUACAAGGAGGUCAUCGAUAAAGGUUACGACGUCCAGGAGAUCUCAAAGCUCGUCGAUUUCAUGACUGUCAUGAGCUACGACUAUCACGGAGCCUGGGAAUCGACGACCUCACAUCUGGCACCGCUGUUCGCUAUUCCCGGCGAUUCCAGCCCUUACUACAAUCUGAACUUUACCCUGAACUACCUGGUGAGUCUCGGUGCCGAUCGUUCCAAGAUCAUCGCUGACAUUCCCAUUUACGGACAAAGCUACAGGCUGACCUCGGCUGAUAAAAAUGGUCUGGGAGAUCCAGUGGCUGGUCCCGGUGCUGCCGGAGAAUACACCAGACAGCCCGGCAUGCUCGCCUACUACGAGAUCUGCGAUAGGAUCGAGAAGGAGAACUGGGAAUUGGGCCCUGGACCUAGCGCUCACUAUAAGGAUCAAUUCGUAAGCUUCGACAGCCCGAAGAGUAUUCUUUACAAGGGUCAGUACAUCCUGAAUCACGGCUUCGGAGGUGCAGCUGCCUGGACCGUCGAUCUCGAUGACUUCACCAAUCGCUGCUGCCAGGAGCCAUUUCCUCUUCUGCGUACCAUCAAUCGUGCUUUGGGUCGACUCUUAACCCCGGCGCCAUCGCAUAAGGACUGCAAGAAACCAGAAGAACCUGUGACACCGGUAGCACCAACCCUCACCACCCACGCCGAUGCAAAUGACGGUAAACCCGUGCCUACGAGACCGAUCACAACCCCGUCGACCAGGCCGACGACCUGGCCUACUUGGACGGAGAAGCCCACUACUCCCUGGAACCAGGGCACUUCCACCACCUGGUCUUGGACUUCGUCUAGCACUACCACCACCACUACCAGACGACCAAUCAUAACACCAGGUGUAACCAGCACCAAGCGUCCGAGCACUCAGCGUCCAACGACGCAGCGUCCAACCACGCAGCGUCCAACCACCCAGCGUCCAACCACCCAGCGUCCAACUAUACCGUCAACAGGUUCACUGUCCGGCUCAAGCUGCAACUCGGGAGAACAUCAACCCGAUCCGGCCAACUGUGGUACCUACUACCGCUGUGUCCUUGGAGAAUUCAAACGCGAGUUCUGCGCUCCAGGACUACACUGGGACGCCAACAGACACCUCUGCGACUGGCCCACCGCUGCCAAGUGCAAGAAAAUGUCCACCACCACUACGACGCGUAGGCCAACUUACGCUACAGUUCCAACGACCCAGUUCACGACACCCAACGCAGGCAUCCCGUCGCCUUCGACAACAAUCUCGACGGUGACACAGCGUCCCAACGGCAACAAACCCGGCAAGGACUGCGAACAUGGCCAGUACUACGCCUACCCGAAUUCCUGCACCCAUUUCCUGGUUUGCGUCAACGGAAAAUUGGUCAGACAGCAAUGUGGACCAGGGCUGAACUGGAACGAAGCCAAGAACAUGUGCGACUGGGCUUUCAAGAACCCCUGCAACGAUACCAAGCGGAACAUGCCGGCUAAGAUUACUCAGAAGGACGAAGCUCAGAGCUGUACCGCAGGCGAGUACCAGAGCGUACCCGGUGACUGCGAGAGCUACUACGCCUGUCUAUGGGGCAAAUUUGAGGAAUUCCAAUGCGCUCCAGGCUUGCACUUCAACGCCGAGAGCCACAUCUGCGACUGGCCAGCUCGCGCGAAAUGUCAGGCCACUGCUCCCAGUGGCGGAGCCCCAGCAGUUGACAAUGGUUCCGGUUUCACCACCCAGAAACCUUGGCAGCCACCACCAGCCCAGUCCACGACACCUCUACCGUCGGCCGAGAUCGAUCCCGAUAAGGUUUCACCAUUGUCUGGACACUUCAAGGUCGUCUGUUACUUCACCAACUGGGCCUGGUACCGUCGAGGCGUAGGUCGUUACCUACCCGAACACAUCGAUCACACCCUGUGCACCCACAUCGUCUACGGUUUCGCUGUACUCGACUACUCCAACCUUAUCAUCAAGGCUCACGACUCCUGGGCUGACUUUGACAACCGCUUCUACGAGAGAGUCGUAGCGUACAAGAAACGCGGUCUAAAAGUGAGUCUCGCCCUGGGUGGUUGGAACGAUUCAGCCGGUGACAAGUACUCGCGACUGGUGAACAAUCCUGUGGCCAGGCAGAAAUUCGUCGAACAUGCGCUUCAGUUCGUCGAGAAGUACGGGUUCGACGGUCUUGACCUCGACUGGGAGUAUCCAGUUUGUUGGCAGACCGACUGCAAAAAGGGUCCAGACUCUGAUAAAGAAGGUUUCUCCGACCUAGUUCGCGAACUGAGCCAAGUAUUCCGUCCACGUGGUCUGCUCCUUUCGACCGCUGUAUCACCGAGUAAGAAGAUCAUCGACGCCGGCUACGAUGUCCCGGUGCUCGCCAAGUACUUCGACUGGAUCGCCGUGAUGACCUACGACUACCACGGUCAAUGGGACAAGCGUACCGGACACGUCGCUCCCAUGUACUACCACCCUGAUGACGAGUUUUACUACUUCAACGCUAACUACACCAUCAACUACUGGAUCUCAAAGGGUGCACCACCAAGGACCCUUGUCAUGGGUAUGCCGCUGUACGGCCAGGCCUUCUCUCUAAACGAUCCAAGUCGAGGCACUGGUCUAAAUUCACCGGCUAGUGCCGGAACCGCCGGUGAAUUCACCAAAGCUGCCGGUUUCCUCGCCUACUACGAGAUCUGCGACCGGAUCCAUAACAAGGGAUGGCAGGUGGUGCAGGACCCCGAGAGGCGCAUGGGACCAUACGCGUACAAGGGCAACCAGUGGGUCAGCUUCGACGAUGCUGACAUGAUUAGACAAAAGGCUCAGUACGUAAGAGACAUGGGUCUUGGAGGUGGUAUGGUUUGGGCUCUGGACCUCGACGAUUUCAGAGGAAGAUGCGGAGAGGGACAGCAUCCUCUGAUGCAUACGCUCCAGCAGGUGCUUGCUGACCCACCUAAUAGUCACGACAGACCGAUCAACCCACCGCGCUAUGGUCAAAAGCUCGAAUGGCGUAUGGCUGACUCUCCGUCAAGGAAAGAGGUCUCGGCCAAUCUGAAACAGAACGAAGAUGACGAAUACAAGGUCGUGUGCUACUUCACUAACUGGGCCUGGUACAGGCAGGGCGACGGUAAAUUCCUUCCUGAAGACAUCGAUGCUGAUCUCUGUUCUCACAUCAUCUACGGAUUCGCUGUCCUUGAUGGCUCGAGUCACACCAUCAAGACUCACGAUUCCUGGGCUGACGUUGACAACAAAUUCUACGAGAGAGUAGUAGCUUACAAAGCCAAAGGCAAAAAGGUCCUAGUGGCUAUAGGAGGAUGGAACGACUCAGCCGGUGACAAGUAUAGCAAGCUGGUAAACAAUCCAGCUAACAGGAGGAAAUUCAUCACCCACGUUAUCCAGUUCAUCGAGAAAUACGGCUUCGACGGUCUCGAUCUCGACUGGGAGUAUCCCGUUUGCUGGCAGGUCGACUGCAACAAGGGUCCAAAAUCCGAUAAGGAAGGCUUCACUGCGCUGGUUCGCGAAUUGAGCGCCGAGUUCAAACCUCGAGGCUUACUGCUGUCAUCCGCAGUAUCACCCAACAAGCGAGUUAUCGCUGAGGGCUAUGACGUUCCUGUCAUCGCUGAACAUCUUGACUGGAUCGCAGUCAUGACCUACGAUUACCACGGCCAGUGGGACAAGAAGACCGGACACAACGCACCUUUCUACGCUAGACCUGAUGACUGGGAUACUACAUUCAAUGCUAACUUCUCGAUCCACUACUGGAUGGAGCGCGGAGCUCCGGCGAAGAAGCUCGUGAUGGGCGUACCAUUGUACGGUCAGAGCUUCUCGCUCGCCGAGAGAAACGAUAACGGACUCAACGCACCAACCUACGGUGGCGGUGAGGCUGGAGACGCUACCAGAGCUCGCGGAUUCCUCUCUUACUAUGAGAUCUGCCAGAGAACGUUGACGAGAGGCUGGACGGUAGUUCAGGACCCGCAGCGUCGUAUUGGACCAUACGCUUACAAGGGUGACCAGUGGGUCAGUUUCGACGAUGCCGAACAGGUCAGGCGCAAGUCUGAGUUUAUCAAAAAACUCGGCCUCGGCGGAGGUAUGGUCUGGGCCCUCGACCUCGACGACUUCAAGAACUACUGCGGCUGCGAGCCUAGUCCGCUACUCAGGACCAUGAACCGAGUGCUGAGGAACUAUCCAGCCGGUCCUCUCUGCACAGUUUCUUCCUCGACUGUAACCGAGAACGAGCCUGCAACAAUCAAACCCACAACGGAGCGUCCAACGUACCCUCCAGCAAGUCAACCGAGUCGUCCAACGACUACUGACAUCCCGAUCGAAGUGGCAACUGAAGACGAGGACGCUGUUGAGGUCGAAGCUGGUGGUUCACUUCCUUCCCACGGUCAACCUCAGGGCGAUUGCCAUGGAAAACUCUUCAUCGCUCACAAGGACGACUGCCGCAAGUACUAUCUGUGCAACUUUGGCAUGCUCACGGAGCUGACCUGUCCCAACGGACUUGUGUGGAAUGAGGACCAUUGCGAUUGGCCUGAGAACACCAACUGCAAGGGCAAACCUUUCGGCGGUGGCUCAGGAUCACAACAAUUCGUUAGUACUGUGAGACCAACCACAACAACGUCAGCGGUACAUCCAGGUCAAUGGCAGGAACCAACUCGGCCCACCACCUCGACCACCACCGAAGACUACAGCAUCCAAGAGCAGCCAGAAGAGCUGAGCAUCGGCGGACGCAAGAUGGUCUGCUACUUCACCAACUGGGCUUGGUACCGUCAAGGCGUCGGUAAGUUCCUCCCCGAGGACAUCGAUCCGAAUCUCUGCACACACAUCGUCUACGGUUUCGCGGUUCUCGACUACGAGCGUCUGGUCAUCAAGAUGCACGAUUCCUGGGCCGACAUCGACAACGACUUCUACGGAAGAGUCACUAAGCUGAGGAAGAGAGGAAUCAGGGUAUUGAUCGGUAUCGGAGGUUGGAACGAUUCCGCUGGUGACAAGUACAGCAGACUAGUUAACAACCCCGAGGCUAGGAGGAGAUUCGUCCAGGACAUCCUGCAGUUCAUUGAAAAGCACGGAUUCAGUGGAUUAGAUCUGGACUGGGAGUAUCCCGUUUGCUGGCAGGUCGACUGCAGCAAGGGUCCAGCCUCGGACAAGGCUGCUUUCUCCGCUCUCGUGAGUGAGCUGAGCUCUGCGUUCAAACCUCGUGGUCUCCUGCUGUCCGCAGCUGUAUCGCCGAGCAAACAAGUCAUCGACGCAGGCUACGACGUACCGCUGCUCGGUCAACAUCUCGAUUGGAUCGCCGUCAUGACCUACGACUACCACGGUCAGUGGGACAAGAAGACUGGACACGUCGCGCCGCUGUACUACUAUCCGGGCGACGAUUACGACUACUUCAAUGCAAACUUCACCAUGAGAUACUGGAUCGAGAAAGGCGCGCCUUCCAGAAAAUUGGUCAUGGGAGUGCCACUUUACGGACAGAGCUUUACUCUGUCCCAGGGACUUCAGCACGGACUCAACGUUCCGGCGCCUGGUCCAGGACAAGCCGGAGAGUUCACAAGAGCGGCCGGUUUCUUGGCAUUCUACGAGAUCUGCAGCAAAGUCAAGAACAACGGAUGGGCGGUGGUAAAAGAUCCAGAAGGCCGGAUCGGACCGUACGCUACGAGAGGCGAUCAAUGGGUCGGUUAUGACGACGUAUCGGACGUUGCCAGGAAGGCGGACUUCAUCAGGGAAUUGGAUCUUGGCGGCGGCAUGAUCUGGGCACUGGACCUGGACGACUUCCGUAAUACCUGCAACUGCGGCAAAUAUCCGUUGCUCACAGCUCUUACUAAUGGACUUAAGGGUGAUGUUAGUCAGCGUCAAGACUGCACAUAAACAUCGACGUUGUGAAGAUCAAGAACGCGCAUCAUUGCUAUCCUUAGCAGGAAUCUAUCUGUGACAAAAUGGACAUUCCGUCCUUUGAGACAUGACUAACUGUCGUGAGCUCACUUAGCCCUUGCUGUAUCGGCCUGUUUUAAUAAAUGUGAGAAGACUAGUUCUUCAAAACCUUUGAAGCAGAAUUCAUACGGGAACGACUGCAAGUAAUCUUAUACAAUCGAGAUAUCAUACGAUAAGAAGCAGCCAAUAAUGCAAGGGCUAAGAACAAUACUUCGCUCUCCUCCUUGUACCUAAAAGCGGCGUAGGUACUUGGAAGAUAACGAAAUAAUGUAAGUCUUUCGAAAUAGUUUUUUAAGUGAUAUAUAACAUUAAGAUUUUAGGAUUUUAUAAGAUUCAAGAUCAUGUGACUUUUUUUAAUAACGUCGAGUAAUAUUAGCAUUGCUUAUACUUCGUUUCAGUAAAGAAAAAUGAACAUGUUUCAUUAUAAUGUACUUAAUUUUUCAAUUCUCUGAAUAAAAAAAGUGUAAAUCGUAAACUGCCUGUAUUCGAGAAAGUUUAUAUUAUUGUAUACAAUAAAAAUAAAGAAUGAUCUUUGUACAAA